CAGACACAACACAAGCUCAGCUCAACCAGAACAACAAGACAAUGAAGACUAUUGCAGCUUUUGUUCUUCUCGCCUGCCUGAUCGCUGUAGGGGUAAAAGGACAGGACAGGUCUUCAAAGGGCAGGUGCUUGUGUGCAGACAAAGGUGCAAACAUGGUUUUAAUGAAGAACAUUGAGAAGGUUGAAAUCAUCCCUCCAAGUUCAUCUUGUCACAAACAUGAAAUUAUUGUCACUCUGAAGAAUGGUGCAGGACGCAAAUGCAUGAAUCCAGAGUCAAAAUUCACUCAAAAUGUCAUCAUAAAGACUCUUGAAAAGAGGACUCAGCAGACUGUCCCACACAGCACAACUGUCUCUGUGCCACUGAAGAGCACCAUGAGAUCAUCAUCAUCACCAACAUCCUUCAAAUAACUUCACAGAUCUCAGAUGUAUUAAUAUUCUACUGAAGAAGUUGGAGUUUUAACUUUAAAACUAAAAAUAUUUCCAAAUGUCUAAGCUGAUUGCAUUAUUAUUUAUCUGACCACUGUUUUCACAAACAUAUUUUCAUAAGACCACUUAACUAUGUGUCAUAUUUCUUUUUUAUAAUUUGCUGUGUGCUUUUUCACAAAAAAUGUGUCAAAUAAAGCUUUUUUAUGUAUGAA